CUGGGUUUUUCCUCCUCUCCCUCUUCUCCCUGAGCGAGGGUCACAUGCGUCCCGUUAUCGCGAAGCCUCAAAAGGCGGCGUGCCACUCCUCCCAGGCACAGAGCCUCCUGAGUCGCUUCUGGGGACGCCGCGAUGUUGGCCCCUCCGCUCCGCCUCCUGCGCCUCUUGCGCCUCGCCCUGGCCGCCUUCUGGAGCAGCUACCUGGCGCCCACCUGCCUCUGGCUCUCCGCCCUUCCGCGGCGCCCCUCCUCGCUUGCCGCCCCUGCCAAAGCCACGCCUGAGGACAGCACCACCACCACGCCGCCGCCGCCGCCGCCCCUGGUGCCGCUGAGCGUGAAUUACCACUUCACCCGGCAAUGCAACUACCAGUGCGGCUUCUGCUUCCACACGGCCAAGACCUCCUUCGUGCUGCCCCUGGAGGAAGCCCAGCGGGGGCUCCGCCUGCUCAAGGAGGCCGGUAUGGAGAAAAUAAAUUUUUCAGGAGGAGAACCAUUUCUCCAUGAGAGAGGCAACUUUGUUGGGAAGCUGGUUCAGUUUUGCAAACAGGAGCUGAAGCUGCCAAGUGUGAGCAUUGUCAGCAAUGGCAGCAUGAUUAAAGAAAGAUGGUUUAAACAUUAUGGGGAAUAUCUUGACAUUCUUGCAGUGUCUUGUGACAGCUUCUUUGAGGAAGUCAAUGUCUUGAUUGGCCGUGGGCAAAAAGGGAAAAACCACAUUGAAAAUCUUCAUAAAUUGAAGCAGUGGUGCCAAUGUUAUGGGGUGGCAUUCAAGAUCAACUCUGUGAUUAACCGGUUUAAUAUGGAAGAAGAUAUGAAUGAGCAGAUCAGAGCUCUAAAUCCUGUCCGCUGGAAGGUAUUUCAGUGUCUUCUGAUUGAAGGGGAAAACUCAGGGGAGGAUGCUCUGAGAGAAGCAGAAAGAUUUGUCAUCAGCGAUGAAGAUUUUGAACAAUUCCUUAAGCGUCAUCAAGGUCUCUCAUGCUUAGUGCCUGAAUCUAACCAAAAGAUGAAAGAUUCAUACUUAAUUCUGGAUGAAUACAUGCGCUUUCUGAACUGUGUAAAUGGGCGGAAAGAGCCUUCCCGCUCUAUCUUGGAUGUGGGUGUGCAAGAUGCUAUACAAUUCAGUGGAUUUGAUGAAAAGAUGUUUCUCAAGCGAGGAGGGAAAUACGUCUGGAGCAAAGUGGAUAUGGCACUCGAAUGGUGAUCAGACUUUGCAAGUGCACUGAAACCCUGAGAACUACUUUAAUCUACUCUACAAGAAAACCCCCUGAGAUUCUGAACAGCUGCUGUUCUACCAAGCUAUUCUGCAACAUUGAAUAUUCCAAUGAACGUUGCUUACAGGCACAGAGUUGCACACAAUUGGGAAUUAGGCUUCCUUCACUUUAAAUAAGCAAUUGUGCUAGCAAUAAAUACAAAAUGGAAUACAUGUUGGUUUAGGAAAAAGGUCUCUCCAAAGAACCACACUUGGAUUUGCUGAGAGAUUUGGUUUGCCCAAAUUGGCUUUCAUUUCUCUCAGAACUAAGAUGACUUUUACAUGUAGCAUCUAAGGCCACUGAGGCCUAGCAUAACAAAAAAGAAGAAGGAAAUGGCAAAUGUGGACAGAGAUUUGAGUGUUGAGAUACUCAAGUAUGAAGGUGCAAUUGUUAUAAAUACUGUACUAGGUAUUGUUAAGCAAAGGAAGAAUAUGAUGGGACACUAGAUAGUCCCGGUCAUUGCCAACGCAUUAGGGAAUGAAACUACAACCCCCAUAUCCCUAGUGGAGUGGCGGCAUAUAAGUUUAAAUAAUACAUAAAUAAAUAUCCAUACUCUUAGACUUUGGGUAGAUACACAAAACCACAAAUAAUAGUGAACCUCAUUUAAAUAAAAGGUAUCCAACCUAUAAAUAUAAUUGAAUUGCACUUCAGGACCCAGCAAAUGCUUAGAGGGGCUCUAUUUGGCCAGAAGUUGAUAAAACUGCAGAUACCAGUUCCACUGAUAUAUGGAUCAUAUUGUAUUAAGAAUAUAAGACAAUCUUCAAAAGAUUUGUGACUCAAUACAUGGAAUCCUAUUCAUCAUUGUAAUGAAAAAGAAGGACUGAAGAGAAAAUUCCAGACCCACCAAGAACAUAGCUGUGGCUAUGGAGGUUUGAAACACCUACCUGGUGAACAGCUUUCCAAAGAAAUAAAAUGGCACAGCACUUUUUGAUAUGUAGGAUUGACAUGUGUCCAGAACUUUUUAACCAAUAAUUAAUCACUUUCCACAAUUCUGUGUGCCAGGAGCUGGUACAAUAUCUGUGCCAUAUUACUAUUGUAUUAGCAUCAUUUUCUGGAAACUUGUAGCAGACUGGCAGUUUGAUGGCUUUCAGAGCAAAUUACACUCGAGUCCCAGUAAUGAGCUGGCUGGCACAAGUCUUAAUGUGUUUCUAAGGCCGUUCAGUUACCUCAGGUUAUUAUUCUUUUGUGUUCAUUGAUUAAUUUGAUGUGUUGAAAUAAUGGUGUUUCAUGCUCCUUGUAUUGUAUUCAGAAUGCACUUUCUUGGCAUUGUGUCUCAAUUAAUUUAGUUUUACAUUUAAAAGACUAACUGUGAAAUUUGUAUUUUUCUAGUUUUGCACAUGACCUAUAUUAUAGCUAAAUGUAAAAAAAAAAAACAGUUUUCUAUAUUUUUUUUAAAAAAGGUGGAUUAGACUAUGCAAUUACAGAUGGUGUUGUGUGUGUGUGUGUGAGAGAGAGUAUUUUAAUACAGAGGUGUAAGAACAUAAAGCAUCAGAUAUCAUUAAAUAGUGUUAUUAAAAUAUGUUGCUCUCUCUUUGACAAUGUUUUGAUAUUAGAAACCUCACAUUUUCGGCAUGUUUAUGAACCCUUAUAGCAAGGGUAGGGAGUAUGUACAGCAGGGGUCCCCAAACUAAGGCCCGGGGGCCGGAUGCGGCCCUCCGAGGUCAUUUACCUGGCCCCCGCCCUCAGUUUUAUAAUAUAAUAUAUUGUAUAUACAUAUAAUAUUGACAAUAUUAUAAUGUAAUACAAUAUAACACUAAUAAUAAUACCAUAUAAUAAUAUUAAUUAUAUAUUCUAUAUUACAUAUAAUAUUACUAAUAAUAUUACAGUAUAGUGGUAUAGUUCAAUAUAGUAACAUAUAAUGCUAAUAUUGUGCUAUGCUAAUAAUAUAAUAUAUUGUAUGUACAGUAGAGUCUCACUUAUCCAGCACUCGCUUAUCCAACGUUCUGGAUUAUCCAACGCAUUUUUGUGGUCAAUGUUUUCAAUACAUCAUGAUAUUUUGGUGCUAAAUUCGUAAAUACAGUAAUUAUUACAUAGCAUUACUGCGUAUUGAACUACUUUUUCUGCCAAAUUUGUUGUAUAACCUGAUGUUUUGGUGCUUAAUUUGUAAAAUAAUAACCUAAUUUGAUGUUUAAUAGGCUUUUCCUUAAUGCCUCCUUAUUAUCCAACAUAUUCGCUUAUCCAACAUUCUGCCGGCCCGUUUAUGUUGAAUAAGUGAGACUCUACUAUACAUAUAAUUUGUAAGCCACUCUGAGUCCCCUUUGGGGUGAGAAGAGUGUGAUACAAAUGUAGUAAAUAAAUGCAGUAAAUAAAUAAAUAAUAAAUAAAUACAUUUUAGACUUAGGCUCGCCCAAAGUCUGAAAUGACUUGAAGGCACACAACAACAACAACAACAACAAUCAUAAUUAACUUGACUAUCUCAUUGGCCAGAAGCAGGAGCACACUUCCCAUUGAAAUCCUGAUAAAUGUAUGUUGGGUUAAAAUUGUUUUUAUUUUUAAAUAUUGUAUUGUUCUUUCAUUGUUCUUCUUGUUGUUGUUUUUGCACUACAAAUAAGACAUGUGCAGUGUGCAUC